ACCUGGAAAAUAGUUUUAUUAUGAAAAUUAUCUUCGAAUUAACAGAAUACAUUUCCAUCAUGGGUGGAGAUACGGACACAGAUGAUAAAGAUGAACCUAAGCCAAUUAUAAUUAGAAAUUGUACAGAUUUACAAAGAUUAAAACUUGAAAAAUUGAUGAAAAAUCCUGAUAAACCAGUAAUUAUUCCAGAAAGACCGAAAGAACGAGGUGUUCCAAACGUGCCUGAUUUUGUAAGAAAUGUAAUGGGGUCCAGCGCGGGGGCCGGCUCUGGUGAAUUUCACGUAUAUAGACACCUCAGAAGAAAAGAGUACGCUAGACAAAAAUAUAUGCAAGAAAAAGCUCAUAUGGAAAAAUUAGAUGAAGAAUAUCACAAAAAAAUCGAAGAAAAUAGGAAACUUGCUGAAGAACGAACUGCAAAAAAACGACUAAAAAGACUAAAGAAAAAACAAAAGAGAAAGAAAAAACCAAUUAAAUCACAAAAAAAGGAGUCAUCGGCAUCUGAAAGCAGCGAAGAUAAUUCUGAAGAAGAGGAUAAGCCAUCUGAGGCAAUGCAGACUAGUGAAAUUGUUGAACAGGACAGUGUACAAAAUGAAAGUAUUGAAAAUUGAUUAUGUUAAAAUACAUUUAAUAAGUUUUAAUAUCAAAAUGAGAAUUUUUUUUUCAUAGGAGAGUCAGUCCUUUUCUUAUUACAUUUUCACUUUAUAUACCACUUCAUUUUCGGUUAUUCAUAGCUUUUUUAUUCAAUUAUUCACCCCCAUUCUUUCCAAAUCCAUCUCAACCUCUACAAUCCAUAAAGCUCCUAUAGAAUUAACUAACUAGUCUCCUAAAGAAAUUUUCGGUACAUUAGAACUACUAUGUACACUAACUAACAAGUCUCCUAGUGAAAUUGCCCGGACAUUAGAACUACUAAGGAGCUCCUAUAUCUAGAAAUUUUAUAGACUUAAACACCAGUGAAAUGAGGUAAAGAAGAGGAUCUUUCAUUAAAGAAAGCUCCUACAGGACUAACUAACUAAAACGGCAGCACAAUAAGAUGGAAAAAUAGUUUUCUCAAUGAAGUAUGUAGAAAACUAAAAUUUCAGCAAAAUGAGCCUUUUUCAAAAGAAAGUAUCUAUAGGUCCCCUAAUGAAAUGUUCUGUACAUUUGAACUACUAUGUCCAUAUUACAACAAAAUAGAACAGUUGGGGUUGAAGAGAAUCACUGGCUAUAAAAGCAAUGGAGAAAGCUUCUCGUCAAAUAUUACAGAGCCCUAAAACUAAAUUGAAAUGAGGUGAAGAAGUAGCUUUUUCAAUGUAGGGAGCUUCUACUAGAUCUACAAAUGUAGUGGAUUUUAACACCAGUUGAAUUAGGUAAAAAAAGAGGGUUCUUCAUUAUACAGGAUCAAAUAACUAAAAUGGAAGGAUAAUAAGGAGAAGAAAUAGUUCUUUAAAUGAAGAAAGUAUGCAGAAAACUGAAAUUACAGCAAAUUGAGGUUUUCUCGAAACAGAAAGUUACUACAAGUUGAAUUAAUCUAGAAAGUAGCAUUUCUGCUUAUUCGUAUCCUUUUUUUCCAAUUCCACUCAUCUCCAACCACCGUUCGUUGUCCUAGCUUCCAGUCUUUGCUCUAAUAUAUCAAUUAAUUAAUUAAACUUAAUAUAUAGGUAUUGAUUUAAAAGAAACACUUUUUAUCCAGUUUAUUAAUUUAAUUGAUCUGCCCAAAUCAUAAAUUUAGGUAUUUACAUAAUGUACACAUUUCUUUUUUGGAGACAGGUAACUACCUAUAUAAGACAAACUUACAAGAUAGAUAUACAAUUAUUAAGAGUAUUUUUUUGUUCUUGGAAAAUAUGAUACAAAAAAUAAGCGUAAUUUUUUUUACAUAUUGUUACUAAUUAAAAAAGUAUUAUAAACAUCACUAAUAUCUAAACUAUAUAUAUAUAGGUAGUUGCAAGUACAAAUAAAUUUUUUUAUGUUAAAA